AUGAAUUAAUACGGAUAAACUAAUAGUAGAAAAUUUUAGCAAUAAUAGCAGAAUCAACAAUAAUAAAAUAUAUAACCAAUUCCUUAACAAUAAUAAUAUUAAUAAUAGCACUAAUAUUAAUAAAAAUAUCAAUAAUAUUAUUAACAAAAAUAACAAUAGCUAGAUCUAAAUAAUAAUCAACUAUAAUAAAAAGAUUAAAAUGCAUAAUUCAAUAAUGUUGCUUAAUAUGGAAUAUAAUUCUAAUAACUUGAUAAUUUUACAAACUCUAAUGCCAUACCUCAAAAAAUUGAUCUUAAAUUUUAUUAAAUAGAUGAAAAGAUCUAUUACAUUAAAGCUUAUUUAUUAUUAAAAUACUAAAAUUGGUAAAUAUUAUAUUCCUGUAAUCAUAAAAAAAAAAAACUCAUAAUCUCAAAGAAUUUACCUCAUUAGAAUAUGAUUUUAUAUAUGUAGGGCUUCUGGAUUGUCAAAAUUACUGAUUUUGAAUACAUUUUAUAUAGUUUUUUAUGAUAAUAAUUUUAGUAGAGACUUAGAAUAUUAAGUUUUUGAAGAAUACUAUAAAAUUCUUACUUAACAAGAGUAUUUUGAUGAAAAAUAAGAUAAUGUUGUUAUUAUUAUUAUCGUAUAAAGAAUGAACUAUUUAAAUAAAUUACUUCAAACUUAGAAUCAUUAAAAAUAUUAUAAGUUUAAUUUUAAUCUCUUUGAAGAUUUUUAUUUAUUUUAAGUAUAAUUUUCUCUAUCAAUCAUAAAUAACUUUGUAAAAUGUUUCAAAAGCUGA